CAAUUCCUAUCACAAUUACAGAAUAUAUCUCAUCCAAAUCAAAUUUUUCUUGCAAUUUUAGUUGCAAAAGCCAGUUUGCACUUGCUAACGAAGACAUAGUACUAUCUUGUCCGAAUCAAAAUUUUCUUCCAACAGACAAUUUUCACUCCGUAGAGAACCAACGACUUUUCCCACAUCGGUCCCCUUAGAUAACUUCCUUACCUCUUUGGUAGAAAGAGAACCAACGACUUUUCGAAGUUCAUUCAUAUAAAUAAAAAUAAAAGAAAUACGUACUAGUUUGUGAAAGGUUGGCCAAAACAUUCAAGUAGACUCCUUGGUACUACGUAGGAAGACAAGAAACAAGAAAUCAUGGACAACUCUUGCCCCUCUUUUUCCUUCCUCCCACGUAGUAUAUAUAACUGCUAAUUCACCCCACUCCAUUACGAACAAAAGAUUUUACUAUCAUCUUAAAAAACCCCAAAACCUGGAGCCGGUGAUCCGCUAACUGCUGCUGCUGCUGCUGCUGCUGCUAGUUUUGUCCAAACCUCAAAAGACGCCACUUCUCUCUGCACAUAUACACAACAUUCAAGUAAGAUCAAGACAUAUUUGAUAUAGCUAAUAGCCUCCACGCCCCCACCCCUUGUUUGUAGGCCCCAUGCAUGCAUCCGCCAAACCCUUCAUCUUCCCUCUCCCUCCUCUCUAGCUCACAUCAAAAUCAAAUUAAGUACUCCAAGAUUUUUUUAUUUUUUGUCCUACUACCCUCUCAUACUAAAAACUCAAGAAAGAAUCUUUCACUGAAACUCAUAAACCCACCCACCCUUAUCCCAUCCUCUCCAUCCUUAUCUUUCACUUGUCACUCUUUUCCGAAAAAUCCCAUCUUCCAUUUCACCAGGUACUUCACAAAAACCAUAAGAAAAACAAGGAGGACUGUUUUUUUUCGUUUAUCACAACAUGAAGAAAACUAGUCCGGAUAUUACUCGGAACGGAAGAAUACUACUGCAGCAAGUUCCUGCAGUAGCAUCAGGAGGUUUACAAGGCUCUGACUUAUCACCAGACCCCAUCUUCGAACCCAUAAACGGCUCUCCUUCAGAAGCAACAAGUGUUAAAAGAAAUCCCAGGCACCCCACUACACCGUUCGACUCAUCAAUGGCCUUAACAAUCUUAGUCCUCCUAACAGCGCUCUUCUUCAUGGGCUUCUUCUCAAUCUACAUCCGCCGUUUUGCUGAAGAAGACUCCACCGACAUCAGCCGCCGCCGGAGACACCCUCCGCGGUUGCGUGAUGGCCAUAAUCAGAAGAACGCUGGCGUGGAUCCUGCCACCGUCAAGUCAUUGCCACUUGUUUCUUACCGUGGGGGCACGAAGCAGCUGAUCACGGAUUGUCCAAUCUGCUUGAGUGAAUUCGAGGAGACGGAAAUUGUUAAAUUAAUCCCGCAUUGUGCGCACGUGUUCCACCCCGAGUGCAUCGACACGUGGCUGGCUUCACACUUGUCAUGUCCACUGUGCAGGUCGACUCAGUUACUUAAGGUGGUCGAUGAUCAUCAGGAGGUUCGAUUGGAUGUGGAGGAGGAAGAGAGUGGUAAUGGCGGGGGUGAGCUGGGGGGAAGAUCAACGGUUGAUGAUUGUGACACGUGUAGUAAUCCUGGAAUGAGAAGGGUCUGUAGUUGCACGAGCGUGGGAGAUCGACUUGUUUUGCACAGAAGCAUGAGUUUUUGAUGAUGAUGAUGUAAAAGGUAGAUAUUAUAGAUAGACACAUCGGAAAGGAGGAAAUAGAGAAAAAGGAGGGCUCUUCUUUUUUGGUUGCUAGGGGGGGUGGGGGAGGAGGGAAUAAAAUAAAAUAGGCUAUUCUUUUGUAAAUUUCUUGUAUAACACUCAAAAAUGACUUCAUUAAUUGCGUAUCAAAGGGUUCUUAGUUAUUUUAUUUUUGUUA